AUGCACGUCGAUCCAGCCCAUAAAUCCGACUGGAUGAAUCUGGUUAACUCGACAGGGAUCGGGCUGAUUCUGAGGAGUAUCAAGAUUGACUAUAAAUUUCCAAUGAAGUGGCCGGACAAAGUCACCGUCUACCAGAAACUAGUCCAGGACCCUUCCAUGUCCUCUGAUUCCGCCUUCAAACUAGAUGUCAUGAUUCUGUCCGAGGCGCGCCAGCGCCCUGCUGCGCGCUGCCAUGAAGAUACCGUCAUGUACGACUACAGAUUGGCGCAGAAGAUGUCGGCGCUACCGCCAUUUGUCAUGGAGCAGUUCAAGGCCAUGUGGGAGCUGCAGGAGGAGGCAAAGAGGGUAUGGCAGCAGCGGAUCGUGGAGAUUGAAGAGGGUGUUCGGAAGCUGGAGGUGGAGAGUUGGGACCGGGAGGAUGCUGUUGAGGAUAUGGGGUCUGCAUCUAGAUGA